UACACCAUCAAGUGCACACACAAACGCAAAGGGCACUCAUUUGUCUUCCAUUAUUUCAAUUCACAUCACCACCAUCCAUUUAUAUUCACCACCAAUCAUUUUCCUCCUCCUCCACUCUACCACCUCUCUCUCUCUCUCACACAAAUAAAAAAGAACCAUACAACCUUCUCCAUCUUUCAAACACUUCCCAUCAAAAAACAUAUCACAAACACAAUGUGGAGUUAUGUACCUUUUCUUGCUCCCUUGUUCUUUCUUUCUCUUGUUCAUGCUGAUGAUCCUUACAGGUUCUUCACUUGGAACAUCACUUUUGGUGAUAUAUAUCCUCUUGGUGUUCCUCAACAGGGAAUACUUAUUAAUGGCCAAUUCCCAGGGCCAGACAUUUACUGUAAUACUAAUGACAAUCUCAUCAUCAAUGUCCACAAUAGCCUCACUGAACCUUUCCUCAUCUCAUGGAAUGGAUUGCAACAAAGGAGGAAUUCAUGGGAGGAUGGAGUGGAAGGAACAACCUGCCCCAUACCACCGGGCAAAAAUUUCACAUACAUUCUUCAAGUGAAAGAUCAAAUUGGAAGUUUUUUCUAUUUUCCAUCUCUUAAUUUUCAUAAAGCAGCAGGAGGCUUUGGCGGCAUUAGGAUCUUAAGUCGUCCUCUUAUUCCAGUUCCUUUUUCAGAUCCAUCAGGAGAUUUUACUGUUCUCAUCGGUGACUGGUACAAAACCAACCAUACAGCUCUUAAAGCAAAACUAGACAAUGGCAAAAAGCUACCCUUUCCGGAUGGAAUCCUUAUCAACGGCCAUGCCUCGAACGGUGCUUCCUUCACCGUGGAUCAAGGGAAUACAUACAGAUUCAGAGUGUCAAAUGUGGGACUUCAAAACUCACUAAACAUAAGGUUUCAAGGGCACAAAAUGAAAUUAGUUGAGGUGGAGGGCACACAUACCCUACAAAACACAUACUCAUCUCUUGACGUGCAUGUAGGACAGUCCUACUCUUUCUUGGUCACAAUGGACCAAGCCCCAGUGGACUAUUACAUUGUGGUCUCAACUCGCUUCACCAGCAAUGUUCUCACUACUACUGCUGUUCUUCACUACAGUAACUCUGGAACUAGAGUUUCUGGCCCUCUUCCUGGUGGUCCUACUGUUCAGAUUGAUUGGUCUCUCAAUCAAGCCAGAUCAAUCAGGACAAACCUCACAGCAAGCGGACCAAGACCAAAUCCACAAGGCUCAUACCACUAUGGCAUGAUUAACACUUCACGUACCAUUCGUCUUGCCAACUCUGCAAGCCUCAUCGAUGGCAAGCAAAGAUAUGCUGUCAAUAGUGUCUCCUUCAUUCCAGCAGACACUCCCUUAAAGCUUGCAGAUUAUUACAAAAUCUCUGGUGUUUUUCGUCUCGGUAGCAUCUCCGACAACCCUACUGGCCAGAAGGAGUAUCUCGAUACCUCUGUAAUGCCUGCUGAUUAUAGGACCUUCAUCGAGAUCAUCUUCGAGAAUAAGGAGAGCAUCAUCCAGUCAUGGCAUCUUGAUGGCCAUUCUUUUUGGGUUGUUGGAAUGGAUGGAGGACAAUGGAGCCCUGAUAGCCGGAAAGAGUACAACCUAAGAGAUGCAGUGUCUCGUUGCACCACUCAAGUCUAUCCAAAAUCAUGGACGGCUAUCUACAUAGCUUUGGACAAUGUAGGGAUGUGGAACGUGAGGACCGAGUUUUGGUCUCGUCGGUAUCUUGGCCAACAAUUCUAUCUAAGAGUAUAUACUCCGGUGAACUCUAUAAGAGAUGAGUAUCCUAUACCGAAGAAUGCUCUUCUUUGCGGUAGAGCUGCAGGAAGGCAUACUCGUCCUCUCUAAGGGACAAAAUGUUCAUGAAUGAUAUAUAUAUAUAUAUAUUGUAUUCUUUGGUUAUAUAAUUUAUAAUGGUCAAUGUUUUAGUCCUAUAUAUUUAAUGGUUAUUGUCAAUGAUGAUCUUAGCUCAAGGUCAGAUUCAUAUAGAUAUAUGGGAGUAGUCUAUAUAUAGUUCUCAAUUAUGAAAUUCUUGUUAUUAUUUAAAACAAAACUGUAAUAUUUAUAGAACUCAUGAAUUUUUUC